AUGAAUGGGAGUCCAGUGGAUGUGACUCUUGAUCCUGAUACAGCACAUCCAAAACUCAUCCUGUCUGAAGAUGGGAAACAAGUUAUAUUUGGAGAUGUAUGGCAGGAUCUCCCUUACAACCCAGAAAGGUUUGAUACUUGUGUCAAUGUCCUGGGAAAGGAGGGUUUCUCCUCAGGGAGAUUCUACUAUGAUGUUCAGGUGAAGGGGAAGACAAGGUGGACUAUUGGAGUGGCCAGAGAGUCCAUCAACAGGAAGGGGAAGAUUACAGUGAGCCCUGAAAAUGGAUACAGGACACUGUGGCUUAGAAAUGGAGAGUACAAGGCUCUCUCUGGCCCCUCUGUCCCCCUCUCCCUGAGAGCGAAGCCCCAGAAGGUGGGGGUGUUUGUGGAUUAUAAGGAGGGCCAGGUCUCCUUCUAUAAUGUGGAGGCCAGGUCUCAUAUCUACUCUUUCACUGGCUACACCUUUACUGAGAAACUUUAUCCAUAUUUUGGCCCCUGUCUUAUUGACAGAGGUAAAAACUCAGCCCCACUGAUCAUCACUCCUGUAGAUAUCACUGACUUUCAUAUCAAACAUUGA